AUGGUUACAUAUGAUUUACUUGAAACUGCAGAUCAAAAUACUAAAAACGGGUUGCCAGAAUUUUUAGUAUCUGAAGAUGCAAUAUUUUUUUUAGAUUCUGUUACAACUAAUCGGGCUAGAGAUGUAAGUAAUAUGAAUUACAAUCCUAUUGAGUUAGCACAUCAAAUGAAAUAUAAUAAUAGAAACACAGUGACUUUUCUUGCAACUAGGCUUUAUAUACUUGAAGACUAA